GUGCACACACAGAGCUUGUAUUGGAAUUGAUUCAUAUCUGUAAUAAACAUCGAGCAUGACGCUCGAGACACUUGUCACGGCUUUGGCCUGCCUUAGCACAACAACAACAACAACAACAACAAUAACGAAUGGACCAAAAUCCAUGGCCGUUAUCAUGCAGAACUCUGUGGAGCCCUUCAAGGUGGACAAUGCAACGUUAGGCGGUUGUCCAGUGGGUACAUUAAGCGGCUUGGCAUCACGAAUUCAAUACAUGACCGAGGAAUUGCAAACGCUGCAAAUGGAUCUAACGGAACUGCAGCAACUUAUCAAUGAUUACAAAAACGAGCAGCCAGUCUACCGUCUAGACUCACGCAUUGGCCCUUCUUCAUUGUCUGCUGUGGUUGGGCAGAGUGUGGCAGCUGCUGGAUCGGUGGAUGAUACACCACGCAGUUGCUGGGAUCAGAAGCACGGAGAAGUGCGCAUUCGUCCUGGCCCCGAUAUGCAACCCUUCUUUGUGAAUUGCGAUCAAAAGGUACGCGAUGGCGGUUGGACAGUGAUUGCCUAUCGAUACGAUGGCAGUGAGGAUUUUAAUCGUAAUUGGGAGAACUAUAAGGCUGGGUUUGGAUCUUUAAAAGGGGAGUUCUUUAUUGGCCUGGAUAAGCUGCAUCGUCUGACGAAUAGUGCCGAUCAUGAAUUGCUUAUCCUUAUGCAAAGCCAGACAAAAGAACAGCGAUUUGCCUUGUACGAUCAGUUCAGCAUUGGCAAUGAGGCUGAGAAAUAUCUAAUGUAUUUGUUGGGAACCUACAAAGGCGAUGCUGGGGACUCUUUGCGUUACCAUGCGGGCAAGAAAUUUACCACAUUCGAUCAGGAUAAUGAUGAUAAUGGACAGAAUUGUGCCCGAACCCAUGCUGGGGCCUGGUGGUAUGGUCGAGAAUGUUUUGAGAGCAACUUAUUUGGCACCUUUCAGUCAAAAUAUGGCCAAGAAAUUGGCUAUUUUAAAGGCAUACUUUGGAAGACAUUUGUACCGGGACCAACAGGAUCAUUGCGAUAUGUUCGUAUGCUCAUCAGACCUUUGAAGAAAACGUAAAAAAGAACAAAUGAAAAUUAAGACUCGCAAUAUAUAGGUGUUAACUAUUUAGAAUAUAUACAUAUGUACAUAUGUUUAAUCAAAUGCAAAUCAAGACUCAAAUUAA